GCAAUGGGACCGUUGCUUUAAGAGAGUGUUUAUGCUGUGAAGAGUUAAUAUUCGGGGGGGGGGCUCCUCCAGGCUUUGUGGUUGCAACAUGUUUGACUUGGAAAUGACUCACUUCUGCUGUUAGGAGAUUUAUAAACUUGAGAAAGCAGGAGGGAAGGCAUGGAUGAAUUGAGGGAACAGGGAGGGCAGAGCAAAGCUUGAGCCACAGAGGAAGUGGAGAAAGAGAUCCAGCAUUGCUUUGCUUCAGUUCCAGAAAAAGUCAUUUCUGGAGUGCUCUGUGGAGUUUCCUACGAGAAAUUGUCACUCUGUGCUGCUAUCGGGGACUGCAGAGAAACUGGACACGAGGAUGCCACAGCUAAUGCUGCUGCUGCUCCAGGUCUUUGCUUUUAUUCGCUCUGCCAAAGGUGCUGCUCUGAACCGAGUGGAGGAGAAAGAAGUCCUGGACUAUCUGCUACAAUUUGGAUACUUACAGAAGCCACUGGAACAGUUCUCAGAUGCCUUCACAGAAGAGGAGAUUGAAGAUGCUGUGAGGUCCUUCCAGCUUGUAUCAGGACUGCCUGCUACUGGACACAUGGAUGCAGUAACCCUUUCCCAGAUGCGGCAACCCCGUUGUGGCGUGGAAGACCCCUUCAAUGAGAGAACCCUCAAAUAUCUGCUCUUGGGACGUUGGCGCAAGAAGCACCUGACUUACCAGAUCUACAGCCACAGUGAGGACAUGGGGGCUGGAGCCACACGCACUGCCAUCCAGACAGCUUUCAAGUACUGGAGCGAUGUCACCCGGCUCACCUUCCAGGAGGUGUGGACCCGCCAUGCUGACAUCCGCCUCUCCUUCCAUGGUUCCUCUUCUCGGGGCUGCUCACGGCCCUUCGACGGGCCUGGGCACGUCCUGGCCCAUGCUGACAUCCCCGAAUUAGGUACGGUCCACUUUGAUUCAGAUGAGCACUGGACAGAAGGGACUCCACGUGGUGUCAACCUGCGCAUCAUUGCUGCCCAUGAGAUUGGGCACGCUCUGGGGCUGGGCCAUUCCCGGCAACCAGCUGCACUCAUGGCACCCACCUACAGCGGCUACCAGCCACGCUUCCGUCUCCACCGUGAUGACAUUGAAGGCAUCCAGGCCCUCUAUGGCAAGAAGACUGUGCCGCUAACAACAACAACAGUGACCUCUCUGGCCCGCACUACUGCCCCUGCUGUCUCACUGAAGCCUAGUAAAAUCCCUAACCCAUGCAAAGAUGGGCUGGAUGCUAUCAUGCUGGGGCCAUAUGACAAGACUUACGCUUUCCGUGGUGACUACGUGUGGACAGUGACAGACUUUGGUACCAACCCACCUUUGAAGAUCUCAGCACUGUGGAAGGGUUUGCCUGGGUGGCUGGACGCUGCUGUGCAUUCUCCUCGUACUGGACGCACUUACUUCUUCAAAGGCAAUAAACUCUGGCGUUACCGAGGAUUCAAGGUGGAUCCUGGCUAUCCAAAACCCCUCACCCGUAUCCCAGCUAAGAUAGAUGCUGCCCUUUAUUGGCCAGUGAACAAGAAGAUCUUCAUCUUUAAGGACACCAGCUACAGGCAGUGGGAUGAACUGGGAAGCCAUUUCACCAACCACCCCACGAAGAUCUCCAAACUUUUCACAGGGGCCCCGUCCCACCUGGAUGCUGCAUUCACCUGGGAGAACGGCAAGGUCUACUUUUUCAAGGGAGGCAUCUACUGGAGGCUCAAUGAUCAACUACGAGUCGAGAAAGGCUACCCACUGAGCACAGCCGAGCGCUGGAUGCAUUGCUAAUGCUUGCAGUGAUGUGCUCCAGGACUAGCACAACUUCCAAUUACUCAUAGACUCAGAAGAAUGAGUAGAGAUAUUUUUAACAGACCCAACACUGACACCUAGAGGCGGAAUUUAGGAACAACAGCUUUUCUGGAAAGGACCAAGUUGGGAGCAGAUACAAAAAUAAUUGCCAUCUUGUAAUUCUGUUCCUGCUGUGCAUUUUUACCUUUUUAAAUGCUAGACCCAUAAACCUUCCAUUCACCUUGGCAUCGGUGUGAGUGGCAGAAGGGGCUAGCCUUGCUUCAGGACACAGGAGGCCUUGGUGAGGGACAGGGGUGUAUGUGACCAAGACACUAUCUUGAUAUGAGAAGACAGUAAAACAGUUUAACGCUACAGUAGGCCCCUGCUUUUCAGCAUUCCGCUAAUAUGGCAGCUUUCAAUUAGAGUAAGGCCCCACUCAUAUGGUGCUUGUUCCGCUUUUACAGCGUUUUUCGGGCGCUGGGCACCAGUUUAUUGAUGGAGUUCCACUUUUCGGCAGGGGUCUGGAAUAUAACCUGCUGUAUGAGUGGGACCCUACUGUAAAGAGUAAAUAAAAAGAUGAUCUGAAAGGGGGUAUGAUAGAGGUAUCCUUGCCCACUGUUGUGUCUGGUCAAACAGGCCUGUAGGUUUUUGUAGCAGAAUACUGACUGCUCACUUUUCCUUGUAUCUCCAUCAGUAGAAGAGCUAGACAUUUUAAUUUUUUUAAUUAAGGAUGACAUUUCAGGUAAAAUGUCUGGAAUAUCCUUGAGGGGCAGGGGGCAGGUCCUUGCACCGUGAACACACAAACUUGUGAUCACUAUUACAGAUUCAGAGGGUUAUUUUUAUUGUAUUCCAUGUGAUCUCAUAGAGCUAGCAAUAUGAGGACUCUAAACCACAGGGCUUAAAUGUACAUAACUGGCACUUAUUCCAGAUUUACUCAGCCCACAAUAAAGAGUAUGAUU